AUGGCUUUGAGCCAAAUAGUCAGCGGCUUCGACGAGGAGGCCCGCCAGACCCGGCACGGCCGCCAACGGCUCAAGGAGCUCCUCUGCCGCCUCGUGAAGGACCGCAUCCCCAGCUGUGAGAUUCUGCAAGUGGGAUCUGCGUCUUAUGGGCUGGACACGGACAAGUCCGACCUCGACUUAGUGAUGGUGACUAGCACAGCCACGGCAAGGCAAGAUAAGGUGGCCUCUCUCUACUCUUUGCAAGAGGUCAGCAGUGUACUGUACUGGGAUGAGGGGAGGGAGGCAACAUCACCGAGAUAAUGUGUGUUUUGCUGUGCUGUGGUGUUGGUUCAGGUGAUCAGGCAAGGUCUGCCCGACGCAGAGGUGCGCGUGAUAGGGUCAGCCAAGGUGCCGGUGGUGCAGAUACGGACAGCAUGGGGAGAGGAGUGUGACGUGUCCGUCAACACUCACAAUGCCGUCCACCACACGCAGCUCUUCAAGGUACGCACACACACGCACACACUUGCACGGGAGGCGACGCCUGGACACACCAUCUGAAUGUUGUCGUGUGUGUCUGCACUGGUUUCCAUUAACCAGGCUGCCAUGAUGGUAUGUCCCACAUUCCUGCCCCUGGCCAGGCUGGUCAAGGCAUGGACCAGGUCGCGCGGCAUACCCAUCGGCGCUGAGGGAGGUUUGGCGUCGGUCGGCUGGACUUUGAUGGCUCUUCACUCCCUCAAAUCGCUCCCGGCCACUGAGCGGGAGCUGCGUGACGUCUUGCGUCACUUCUUCACCAGUUUUGGAGACCGCGAGUCUCUGUUGCUCACAUUGAGCCUUCCCGAGACCACUGGUGUCGUGACCACGACAGCGGCGCAGAAGUCUGGCAACGACGUCGACGAGAAGACCAUGUCGGCAGCGGGGCACGGCGGCGGUGAGAAAAACGCACGCACGACAUGCCACACACCCGACGCAACGAACCAUUCGUCAUUCCUUCCAUCCCUUUCUUGUCAUGUGCAUGAGUCAGAUUGGGAGGAAUUGCUGACCAUCAGUGACAUCCCGCAGGACGGCAAGCGGCCCGACAUGGUGGGCAAGCUCUCCGCAUCCACAUGGCUAGUCAUCAUGUAGGAGCUGAAGCGAGCCCGUGACCUGCUGACCCUGGUACGCACCAGCCGCAACAACAACCUGUUCAUCCAUUCAUCCUAUGUCUGUCACUACUUCUUCUUUGCGUGUUUGCUCAGCCGUUUGUCGACCCUGCAGUGGUGUUUGAGCAGCCCACCUGCCCCCUGGUGUACUCGCUGCCCAGCAACCGAUGCGGCCCCGAUGGCGAGCCCCUUUUCGUGGCCUUUCUGGCUGAGGGGGAGGUGAUGAUGGCACGGCUGACGAAGGUGUGUGUGGACCCCUGGAUGGCCAACAGGCAGGGUGGCCAUCUCUCCCGCAAGGACUUCAGGUCUGCGCAUGUGCAUGGAUGCACCCACCGCACUCACUAGAGACAAUCCAAGCGUCUAUCCAUCUUGUGUGUCUGUCAGGUCGUCGUUUCACGGCGUCUUGUACCGCGUGCGAGAGAUGCAGAGCCCCCUGCUGACCGUCCUCAAGCCAAAGACGCCCACUCCACGCCUGCAGCUGACACAGCACCCUCCAAACGGUCUGCAGUGGAAGGCAACUGAAUGGGCAGACAUAUCUAUGUUAUAUAUGUGUAUGUCGUCAGCCCUCAUGUCUGUGGAGCCGGCCACCUUCACCGACGGGACGCCUGUGGAAGUGGUGUUCACACCCGUCCAGGCCAUCUGUCGCGUGGACGUGUCGUCGCACCCCACCCACAGCCCGCAAGCCAUGUGCGACGAAAACACCUGCAGCUGAAGUGUCUCUCUCUGCUUUGUGUGCGGUGUGUGUGCAGCGGGUCCUCGCAAUACGCCAUCACAGGGGGGGAGGUGGACCGCCUCAAGGAGCUGCGAGAGCUCGCCGCGCAGGGGCCAUACUGGCACAAGAAGACGGCCGCCGCCCAGCUCCACUACCCGACGCAGCCCCUCACCCCCACCUGCCCCCUUUGCACGGUGAGCACAGGCACACACAAGACUCAUGACACGCUGUUGUUAUACGUGUCUGCGUCUGCUGCUUCAGGCGAGCGGGUCGACCAAUGUCUUGUCGACUGCUGGGGAUGUCAGUGCGGUGGGAGAGCGGCUGUGCUUCCACCGCAGCCCCAGCAGCUCGACAACAGACGAGGCGACCCCGAGGACCGACCUGUCCUCGUGGGACUCGCCAAGAUCUGUGGCGAGGUGGGUCUGCCGUACGAGACAGGGAGGGAAUACUUCAUUCAUCUGCUCACAUUCAUUCAUUUUCUUCUUCAGCAUCCCCGGCAGCCCGUCGUCCCUCCCCCUGACGCUCCACCACACCGCCGUCACCCAUUAUCAGCCGACUUACCUCAUCACUGCCGAGAGCCCCCCAACCUCCGCCGCAGCAUCGCUCUUGAAGCAUCUGGCGGAGGAUGACGAGAGCGAUGCUGCGGCGGAGGAUGACGAGUGGCAGCUGCCACUGGUGACGGCGGAUAUGUUUGGCAUGAGCAUCGGCUGUUCGCGGGGGGACUACGUUGGCGGCCACGACGUCUGCAGUCAAGUCUACAGUAGCACCCAGUGGUCAGAGGGGGAUUUCCAGCAGCAGCCACAGCAGCACUGA